AUGACGGAUGUCGGCAAUGGCCGAAAGGCCGACGGUAGCCAGCUGAGAGAGCGGCCUUCAGCUAAGCCGAUGCACAUGCCAGACGCUGAGGCUGCCAAACAAAAAGUUUUGGAACUGAACGAGCAGGAGGACAGCAAGAGCGAGCGAGAGAAGAAGACGUAUGGUCGAACACCAGAUGGCACAGUCUUCAUCGUGCCGCACACCCACGACAUGGUGUCGCAGCUGCUCUCGCCUUCGCAACCAAAAAACUUGUCCGACCUAGCAGUCCUCGCUGUGCUCGCAAGCUUGAUCUCAACUCUCUACCUACUGCCCAAAAGCGCCCGCAUACCAAUCUUCGCCGUAAUUUUCCUGUUCUGGCGCGCCGCCUACAAUGCAGGCAUUGGCUGGCUUCUCGAUGUCCAAUCCAAACACAACCGCCUUGUCCUUUGGGCGAAGAACUCACACAUCUUCGAGAACCCGAAGAUAGGCAAGAACCCACACCCCACAAUCUUCAAGUUUCUCAAGAGAGAGAUGGAGACCAAGAUUCCCCAGGACUACAAUUUUGAAGAAGCUCCACUUGAGUACAACACGUGGCUCGUCUUCAGGCGCGUUGUAGACUUGAUCCUGAUGUGUGACUUUGUAUCCUACUGCCUCUUCGCCGUUGCAUGUUUCCACCGCCCAGAAGAGAGCUGGCUGUUAUUUAUACUGCGGUGGACGACCGGCAUCGUUCUAUUCAUCUUCAACUUGUUUGUCAAGCUGGAUGCUCACCGAGUGGUGAAGGACUAUGCUUGGUAUUGGGGAGACUUCUUCUAUCUGAUCGAUCAGCGUUUGACGUUCGAUGGAGUCUUCGAAGCAGCGCCGCAUCCGAUGUACUCGAUUGGGUACGCUGGCUUCUACGGCAUCGCCCUGAUGAUGGCAAGUUACAAAGUGCUCUUGAUUUCUAUCGUCGCGCAUGCAGCACAAUUCGCCUUUUUGAUCAAGGUUGAAGAGCCACACAUUCAAAAAAUCUACAACCCAGCACCACCUCGCCGAACGCGCCACAACUCCGGGGAUAUUACCCAAAAGCACCGUCCCACGUCAAGCCAGUCCGAUCCCAUUGACCCCGAAGCGCCAAUCGAUCUCGUCCAGCAACCUGCACCAAUGCAUAGCAUCGUCGGUCCGCAGAACACGGACUUCCAUCGCGCCAUCGACGUUGCGGUAGUACUCAUUUCCUUCUACAUGUUCUGUCUGGCGACGCUGACACCAGAUACCGGCCUGGUGCGAACCUUCUUCUUCAUCAAUGCGUUCGUGUGGCGCUUGUGGUAUGUGCUAGGUUUGGGCUAUAUCCUCGACCGUCAAUCCAAGAAGAAGAACUGGACUCGUCACUUCAUCAAGUACGGUGACACCAAAGAAGAGGCCUGGCGUCAGUGGAAGUCUGUGUACCAUCUCAGCAUGACGAUGUGCCACGCUAGCUUCCUAGCUGCGGCUUGGAAGAUGUACACACUUCCUCCUGACUGGUUCUAUGACCUUACCGCAUUCAGACUCGUCCUUGGUGCUGGCAUGAUUGCUCUCCAUAUUUGGACCGCUGCCAGCAUCUACGAUUCCCUCGGCGAGUUUGGAUGGUUCUGCGGCGACUUCUUCUUCGACCCACCGCCCAAGAACUUGACCUACUCUGGCAUCUACCGCUUCCUCAACAGCCCUGAGCGUGUGCUCGGUAUGGCUGGCAUCUGGGGUGUUGCUGUGAUCACGUGGACUGCACCGAUCUUCUACCUUGCAACGACUGCACAGGUCCUGAACUUGGCUUUCUUGCACUUCAUUGAGCGACCUCACAUGACCAAGCUGUACGGUCAAAAACUUCGUCAGACUUCUGGCGUUAGCAAAACCGUUCGUCAAGCCCUCCCGAGCCCGGUCCGUAAUUGGCAAUCUGCGGCUGAUGAGUACAUCAACUCUACAGUCGAGUUCAUUGAGGAAGUCCUGGAGAGUGUCAAGCCCAAGCUCGCAGCCGGAGUUGGUACAUUCGUCAAGGAUACCGCUGCACUGUUCAAGUCAUACCCGGCACGUAUCCAGAUCACUCGUCUUUCGCCCGAUCUUGCUGGUUACGACUCGAAGCAGUACAAGCUGGAGGUUCAGGGCACACUUUCGGCGCCUGCCGUUGAAUAUCAGAAGAACGGCGGGCGCGAAGGUGAGUUGGCUCGGACACCUGCCACUCGCACGAGCAAAUUCAAGACGUUGGCGCUGGAAUAUGGCGCACCGAUUAGGGUCCGCUGGGAGGCGCCCCUGAACCACAGCAAGAAGGACUGGAUAGGUCUCUACAUGGUUGCCGACAACCAGUCUCGCAAGAUAACACAGCUGAGUUCGAAUGGACGCUGGAUAGCCACUAACGCCGGCAUCUACGACUCUGUCCGCGCCGAACAAGGCAUCUUGGUCUCAGACAAGCUCGUAGCAGCUGCAUCUGACAGCGAAGACGACUUUGAUCAUUACACUGGCGAGGUCGAGUUCCGUGGCGACAAGCUUUGGUGGACGACUGGUGUGUUUGAGUUCCGUUACCACCACGGCGGCAAGCACAAUGUCAUGGCACUGUCCCAAGCGUUCGAGAUGCGCAUUCCCAGGUUCGACGAGGAGGAUGUCGAGGUCGACUCCCAUGGCACUGUCCACCGCGCCGUGGAGCAGGCACUUCUCCCCGUGAUUCAGAACUGCUUCGACCGCGAGCCCGAGAUCGCACCGGACACGGCCGAGGAGUCCUUCGGGAGCCUGGUCGAGAGGGAUGGCAAGUUUGCGAAGAGAGUCGUCUUCGCUGUCCACCAGAUGUUCGGCAUCGAAUUCGCGCCCGAAGUGGUCCAAGCCGACGGCAACGUGCGGAAUCUGGCCUGGCGCAUCUGCAACGCUAAGAAGGUCCUGGCGCCUUACAGCAUGACAGCCAGCCAUGGCAGGAACACGCCUGACGGGGCGAAGUUUUAG